UAACGGUGUGUAUUACUUAAUAUUCUGUUUGUGAACGGUGAUAUUAGUCGAAUCUUCGGGAAUUAACAGAAAUUUAAUACAGAACGCCGAAGAAAAGCAGAAUUUAAAAAAAAAGUGAAAAAUUUCAAAUAAAACUUAUAUAAGAUUCAGUCGUGUUACUUAAAAUACAUAUAUUUAUACAAGCCGGUGAAACAUAAAAUAUCUUUGAUAAAGAAAUGGCCUUAAUAAUGAAAUAUAUUGACAGUUUGCAUCACUAUUUGGAUAAAUAUGGCGAUCCACGCACCAAAGACUGGCCACUAAUGUCAUCACCAUUCCAUACACUAGGAAUUUGCUUAGGUUAUGUUUAUAUUGUAAAGGUUCUAGGUCCCCGUCUUAUGGAAAAUAGAAAACCAUUCCAGCUGAAAAAUACGCUAGUAGCAUAUAAUUUAUUUCAAGUUUUAUUUAGUACGUGGUUAUUUUACGAGUGUUUGAGGGGUGGUUGGUGGGGUGAAUACAAUUUUCGAUGUCAACCAGUCGAUCACUCCACAACAGGCAGUGCAAUGAGAAUGUGUCACGCAUGUUGGUGGUAUUACUUUUCAAAAUUUACUGAAUUCUUCGACACUCUCUUCUUUGUGCUGCGCAAAAAGACAAGUCAAGUGUCGACACUUCAUGUUAUCCAUCACGGCGUAAUGCCUAUGUCUGUAUGGUUUGGCGUAAAGUUCACUCCAGGUGGUCACAGUACAUUCUUCGGCUUGCUGAAUACGUUCGUACACAUCAUUAUGUAUACAUAUUACUUACUGACAGCAAUGGGUCCACAAUAUCAAAAGUAUUUAUGGUGGAAAAAGUAUCUGACUUCCCUUCAAAUGGUACAAUUUAUUCUCAUCAUGGUUCAUGCUUUCCAACUCCUUUUCGUCGACUGCAAUUAUCCAAAAAUAUUCGUUUGGUGGAUCGGUGCUCAUGCAAUCAUGUUCUUCUUCUUAUUCAAGGAAUUCUACAGACAAUCUUACAAUUAUAGAAAAUUAAGAUCAGGGAAAACACAAUCGAAUGGCUAUUCCAAUGGGUCAAUAACAUCGAAGAAACACGACGGUGACAAACUCACAAAUGGUCACUGUAAUGGAGUCAGUAAAACAGAGGAGACGACAGAGCAAAAGCAUCAAAAUGGAACAGCAAAUGGCUGUAGUGUGUCCGAUUACUAUGUAAAAAGUGAGGAUAUAACAACGAAUAUGUCGCUAACGCAAAGAAAAGUCACUGCUGAGCAAUAAAGUUAAUUUUUAUAUUUUCAAGUUUAACUGUUAGAGAUAAACACAAAAAAGAAAGAAACUUUAAAAGUUAGGCCAUAGAAAUGAAAGAGAAGGUAAGAAAAGAAGAAAAAUAAAUUAAGAGGAAUGCAAUCGUUGAGAUUUAGUCAUAAAAAAUUACAUGAAUUGAUAUCUGAGUGAAAACUUAAAAUGAUAAUUAUAUACAAAAAAAAAAAAAACUAAAACUUCUAUUGAAUGCAGCUCCUUUUAGUUUUAUAUUUUGGAUUUGUGUACUUUAAAAUGAUGAAAGUAGAAGAAAAUUAACCGUUUUUGUACAUUAAUGAAAUUAUGAAAGAAGAUGAAAAAAAUAUUUUAAGUACCGA